UCAGCUGUCAGGAGGGAGCCUUUUUUUCCUCCCUUCACCCAGCUAUCAUCCUCAAGAUCUGGAUUCGAUUUUGGGAGACCCAUAAAAAGGCUUCUGCUGAUUUUGCUUCUGCCUUUUUUGCCGGCACUCCAGGCAGCUUUCUCCAAAAAGAGAGGGCGAAAAAGUGGGUGGUCUUUGGGUUUUUCCAGAAGGGUUUGGCCAUUGUUUUUGCACCACCUUGGGUGCACUUAUGGGAUUGAAUUGAUAGGGAGUCCUUCCUCUUCUUGCUUCCACUCAAGUUUCACGGCCACAAAGAAUACACGUGAAUAAUAACAUCUCACAGGUGACCUGUGCUGGUUUCCCAGUGGUUUGGAUCUACUAGAAGCUCCUGCCAGCCUAAUGCCAUGAAUGUUGAAGCGGACAAUGUGGAAGAGAAAGCUGUCCAUUCCUGGUCAAGGAUGUCCUCUGCAGGACAGAAAGCCUUGGAAGAAGCUCUCCGGGUGUUUAACCCCAUGUCCAAGGACCUGUCUGACACGGAGACCCAGUUAGUAGCUUUUCUCCAAGGCCUGAAAGAAGAAGGCUACCAACCCACAAUCCUAAGGAGCAAAGACGUGUAUGGAUACAGUUCCUGCACUGCCAAUGCACCUAGCCAAACAAAAGGCAAUAUCCAAGACAUUCCGGAAACAGCUGUUCCUAUUUCAGAGUCUGCCAAGGCCCCAGCAAGGAACAUGGUCACCAUAGAGAAAGUAUCUGCCCCCUUGGCGGGAAUUACAUUGAGUUCUUCUAAAGAAUCUGCGGAGCCCAUGUCCAAGAGCAGUAAUUCCACAAACCUCCUAUUGAACUCUUUGAAACGGACACGUUCGGGCACAUCCAAAGCCUCGGCCAUGAGCUUCCCGGCUAAUAUGUACCCCGGCGUCUAUCCGGCCAUGAGGCUGUCGGUGGUGUUGGAAGCCUUAGUCCCACUGAAAGCCACUGCUUCUUGUCUGGAAUCAAAAUGCACACAAGGGCACCUGGGGAUCACUCCUUCGGACCUUAAGCGGCUCAAAGCACCCGCGGCAUCAGUGCAGUCUAAGGCCGCUAAGAUACCCUCUAACCAAUUGGACCCCAAAGGAUACAGGCAUUUAAUAACCCAAGUGCCGGACUCUGCUGCUCUCACGAUGAGCCUUAUAAAAGGACCAAAGGGUGGGGUGCUUCAGGAAAGUAACACUUGCAAAGCAUCUGGAAUCCUGAAUGGCCGAAUUUCGGGGAGCAACUCCCAGAGCUGUAGCACGGCAGCCUCCAGAAUUAAGAAACCAUCGGUGGCCAAACCUGAAUGGAAAAGUGGCGGCAGCCAUCAGCAGGAGAAAAGAAGAAGUGCAGAGGAAGGAAAACCCUGUCGAAAGACGCCCAGUUCUCUCCCGCCACCUAAUAAACCAGAACUGGCUUCGAAAGCAUUCAACCUGCUGAACUUCCAGGCCAUCAAAGUGGACAGCUCUUCCGAUGACGAACUGAGGAGGAGAGCACAGCAGAUCCUUAAAGUUAACUUGUCCCCUGUGAUCAGAAUUCAGCCAUUGCCUCAAUCUCUCAGCAUCCCUUGAGUCGUUCGGUUGAGUGGGAGCUCCAAGCCUCCUCCCCCCCUUGAGGAUGAUCAAAUCAGCAUCGAGUCUCUCGGAGCGGGUGAGGGGGGGCUUACACAACGUCUGUACUCUCGGGCAGCUGAGCCUCGGCUCCUGGUUGGCAAUUGGGGGAAAUUCUGCGGAGCUGAGCAACAACUGGAUUACAAAAAUCGUGUUUGGAAAUGCCGGCAGAGAUCUUUGAAGGCCCCCGUGGAGAAGAAUAUAGACCAUCCCUGGCCUUCCUCUGGGACACUUUUCUACAGUACUUUUAUAAACAUGGCAGAGUACACAUCUGGGAUAUGGCGGCACUUGGGCUGUUCCUGUACUGUGAUAUUUCUGGUUCCUUUUAUUUUGAAAUCUGUAAAUCUACUUGGUUUUAUUUUGAUCCUAUUUUAUAUACUUAUUAAAUAUAAAUAUCUAUUGACUCAUA